AGUUCGGUAGUAAAAUCCCGCGGUGUGCAGGAGGCCGAUCGACUGCCCUUUCAGUUGUGUUGCCGACGCACGAGCAGCUGGUGUCUCGUGGGCCGAUCGGGCUCCUGUCGCCACUUGUUUUACACAAAUCGCUUCAUUUAUUCCACGAUAAUUCCCGCUGAGAAAAUGUUGUAAAUCUAUUGUGAGCCGCGUAUUCAAACUUGCUAGUGAGCCUGUGUUCGUGGUGUGAUUAUACAAAGUAGUCGUUACUGACCGACGAAAAGUUAAGAGAGAUCUGUGAGAAGUUCGAAAAGUAGCUGUUAAAUUUGAAAAGAUAACAUAAGAAGAGGUACAAGAUGGCGGUGUUUGGCUUGGUGUCGUCGGUGGCGGGCUUCGUCAAAGUCCGCUACCUCAUCGACAAAGCUGUAAUAGACAACAUGGCCUUCCGCAUGCACUACCGCAUCACCUCAGCUAUACUGUUCCUAUGCUGCAUACUCGUCACUGCCAACAAUCUCAUUGGUGAGCCCAUAUCGUGUAUAAACGACGGCGCUGUGCCCGGCCACGUGCUAAACACAUAUUGCUGGAUCACAUACACAUUCACCCUGCCUAAUGCUUCGCCGAGGGGGUUCGCGCACCCUGGCUUGGGCAACGAAUACGAUGAGGAGAGGCGCAUCCAUGCCUACUACCAGUGGGUGCCGUUUAUGCUGUUCUUCCAGGGACUGCUGUUCUACAUCCCCCACUGGAUCUGGAAGAACUGGGAGGAGGGCAAGGUCCGCAUGAUCUCCGAUGGCAUGCGUGGCACAGUCGCCUGCAUUGCUGAUGACAAGUCCAAUCGUCAGAGUCGACUGGUACAAUACCUCUAUGACACUCUGCACAUGCACAACACGUAUUCAUUCGGCUAUUUCUUGUGCGAAGUGUUGAAUUUCGUCAACGUUGUCGGUAACAUAUUUUUCUUGGACACAUUCCUCGGCGGCGCUUUCCUUACAUAUGGAACUGAUGUUGUCAAAUUUUCGAACAUGAAUCAAGAGCAACGUACCGACCCUAUGAUCGAAAUAUUCCCGAGACUGACGAAGUGUACAUUCCACAAAUUUGGUGCUUCUGGAACGAUCCAGAAACACGACGCUCUGUGCGUUCUUGCCUUGAAUAUCCUCAAUGAGAAAAUUUUCAUCUUCCUGUGGUUCUGGUUCAUAAUCCUAUCUGUGGUAUCAGGCUUAGCUCUGGCAUACUCAGCAGCCGUGAUCCUCUUACCUAGCACCCGUGAAACCAUUCUCAAACGUCGCUUCCGUUUCGGCACACCCAACGGUGUCGAGGCACUUGUCAGAAAAACUCAGGUCGGCGACUUCUUGCUCCUGCAUCUAUUGGGCCAAAACAUGUCGCUGCGCGUAUUCGGCGAGGUAUUGGACGAGCUAUCGAGACGGCUGCACCUCGGCUCCAACGCACCGUCGGCGCCGUCCACGCUCGAGAUGGCCCCCAUAUACCCCGACAUUGACAAGUUCUCCAAGGAGACUGAGACGUAAACGAACAGACAGAUACAAGAGCAGUACAUGACCAUAACGAUAUUAAAGGUAAACAUUUGUAAAGCUGUUAUGUAAUGCUUUGUCUUAUCUGCAUUUUUUGAAAAAUCUAUAUCGAAACGUACGCAAGAUCUUGUAUAAAGGCAUAAUACAACUACGAAAGGUGCAAAGUUUUAUCCUAUUAAAUAAUUUAUAAUGAUAUGUAUGGAAGUAUGUGUUAAAAUAGUGAUUGUGAAAAUAGUGUGUAUGAGUUCUUUUUUUAUAAAAUGCGAUUUUUCAAAGGAUAUAUUUGAGACAAAGGGGUUUUGUAUGUGAUGUUGAUACCACCUCGGAUUAUUUUUUAAAGUACUGCUCUGUCUUCCUAUUACUAUGUACAAAAUUUUACAUUGCAACUACUCAUGACAUUCCUAUAUUACCAGAUACUUUUUAGAUCUUUUGGUGACAACAAGCCUUAUUAGGAUAUAUAAAGCUUUAUGUGCGUUUAUUAUAAUUGCGAAAACUAGUGCAAAAGUAUAUAAUUAAUAUGAAAAGUUGAAGACUGUUCGUGAAUUAACACUUUUAGGAAAACCAUUUUAAAAUCUGACGCCUGUAAGUAAGCUCAGAACGAUAAAGACCUAGAUGAUAGAAUAAACUUUUAUCAAAUAUUUUUAUUUUAAAUCAUAUUGUGUAGAUACUAAGGCCGUGAAAUUGAACUAAGCAUUUCUCAAGUUAUUAGAUUUAAGUAGUUUAGAACUAAUUUGCAUAUUAUAGAUGUAAGUUUAUAUUCGACAGCGAUUUUUUCUCAAACGCGUAUGGAGUCAACAACUACUGUUAUUCUUUACGAAUUUUAUAUUAAAUAAUUUGUAUUGAUAAGAUUAAGUGAUUCUCAUGUUUUCAAUAGUUUAAGCUAAUUUUACCUUGUAAUGUUCCUUUUUAUACAUAUAAUUGAAUGUAUACGUGAACAUUUCAAAGUUUAGACUUCGGUGCAAAUAAGGUGUUAAAUACAUAGAAUAAUGAUACUUCUGUAAUUAUGUCUAAAUAUCGUGCCAUGAUGUGAUGAAAUUUUUAACGCCAGAUUUGCAUUUCGCGUCUUACUAUGUGUGCUUAUAGCGCGAAUUUUAUUUCACUAUGUAAAAUAAAUUGACACAUUUCAGAGUCACUUUAGAUAAUAAAUUUUAGUUUUAACACGUUCGACUCUCAUAUGGUCAUACAAAUCUCGAAUUAAUGUGUCUUCCUUAGUGGUAGAAUGUGCUGAAACAAUUUGUUCGUGACCACUUUUAUUGAUCUGUGUAUUGUUUUUAAAGACGCUAAGUAGAUAAGGUUUUAUAUAUUUUACGUUUUAUCAUUCCAAUGAGUAUUCAGUUUUAUGUACAACUCGGGAGACUGCGACCCAUAGUGACUCUAUGACAAUAAUAUCGAAUUAAAGACGUUUGCGUUUUAUUAUACAAAUUAAAUAAAA